ACUGGGGCAUAGAGUUUAGAGAGGGAGAGAGAGAGAGAGUGAGUGAGCUGAAUUUUUGUUCUGGUUCCAGGGUUCAAUUCAAGCAAAGUUCUAUAUUUUGUUCUCGAUUUGAAAAUUUUGGGUACCCUUUUUAUAUUUUAUGUAAUUCAAGUGAUGGGUUUGAGUUUUGUUUCAUGUGUUAGUUUAAAUUCAUCAGCAAAUGCAGGUAUGUAGUUUCUCUAGUUCUUCAAAAACAGAGUGUUUCGACCGUUAAAAUCCCACCUUCUUGUCCCUUCCAUGUUUCCUUUUCCCAAUUUGACUCACAAUUUUUCAAUUUCUCACUUCCUAAUGUUCCAAAACUUUCUGGGCAUCAAAAUUUUUUCAGAAAUUGGUGAAUUUUGAGCUUCAGUGAAGCUGAGAGAGAGUUUUAAUUGAUCAAUUGUUACACUGAUUUCUUGAAAAAUGAUGGCCACAAAGUCUGAAUCUGAUAUAACUAGUUUAGCCCCUUCAUCACCAUCUAGGUCUCCCAAGAGGCCUGUGUACUAUGUACAGAGCCCUUCAAGGGACUCUCAAGAUGGUGACAAGUCAUCUUCUAUGCAAGCCACUCCCAAUUACAACAGCCCAAUUGAGUCUCCUUCACACCCUUCCUUUGGGAGGCACUCUAGGAACUCUUCAUCUAGUCGGUUUUCGGGGAUUUUUAGGUCGUCUUCGGGGAGGAAAGGAGGCCGGAAAAGGAAUGAUAAGGGUUGGCCUGAGUGUAAUGUGAUUCUAGAAGAGGGGAAAUAUGAUGAAUUUGAUGAUGAUAAGCGUUUUACUCGCCGAUUCCAGGCGUUGUUGGCUGUGCUUAGUUUUGUUGUUCUGUUUACCGUCUUUUGUUUGAUCAUAUGGGGUGCUGGCAGGAACUACAAAGCCAAGGUCUCCGUGAAGAGCUUAGUAGUAAAUAACAUCUACAUUGGGGAGGGUUCAGACUUCACUGGGGUCCCAACAAAGAUGUUGACCAUGAAUGGCUCGUUGAGGAUUGGCGUAUACAACCCUGCCACAUUUUUCGGUAUUCAUAUUAGCUCCACGCCUAUCAAUCUCCUCUAUUCAGCGAUUACUGUUGCAACUGGUCAGUUGAGGAAAUAUUCUCAGCCAAGAAAGAGUCACCGGAUUGUGUUGGUGAACUUGGAAGGAACUAAGGUUCCAUUGUAUGGGGCUGGAUCAAGCUUAACAACAGCCUCCAACACUAAUGCUGUUCAAGUUCCAUUGACAUUACAGUUUGAGAUCCGGUCCCGUGGCAAUGUGGUAGGGAAAUUGGUAAGGACAAAACACACAGUACAAAUUUCUUGCCCUUUGGUUAUCGACUCUACUAGUACCAAACCUAUAAAGUUCAAGAAGGAUUCGUGCCUUAACAGCUGAUUUUUACUCAGAUCGCUUGAACCUUUUGCUCAUGGCCUCUGCAUCAUACUUUGUACUCGAAAGUUUAAGUUACUCUGGCCUUUAUACCAGUCCAUCUUUUCAAUUUUGAGACAUCCAAGUAAUCAAAUUAUGUUUCAAAAAGAAAAAGAAAAAAAGGGUUUAUCUAUAAUGCUUUGUUGUAAUGUUUGCACAAAUAAAUGCAUGCAUAUAUGUUUGUGUGUGAUGUAUUUAUGAAUUAUUUUGUUAUGACUAUGGCAUAAAAUUGAUGUGAUGAA